GGCGAUGCUCAGCUGUUAGGUGAACUUCCUCUCAUAGACAGGAUGUACCAAAAUGGCAGCAAAUCUUUACCCUGAGGAAGAAUUGGCCUGGUGAAAUGCAAAAAGGUGUUCCUACACAAUGUGAGUGUACGAUGAUAACCGCAGUAGAGAUAUUAAGGACUGACUUGGUUAACGUGAGUUACAGUAGUGUGCCGGACGCUGUUUCCCCACCUCCUCCUCCUCCUCCUCCUCCUCCUCCUCCCUCACAGGCUAUGAGGACUAACCAUAGGAAGGCGACAAAAGAGUUUGUAGAACAAGUGAAUAAAUUGCGACGCUCCCGGAACGUGGGUCCUUUAUCAUGGAACACGGCUGUCAAGUUUCUUAUGGCAAGGAAGUUUGAUGUUACCAGAGCUGUAAAUCUAUAUGAGCAACACGAAGCAACUAGACACAGGGAAGGUUUAAUUCACUUGAAUCCAACUUCUGAUCCUCUCCGUGCUGAGCUUACAUCUGGAAAAUUUACCAUACUACCUUGCCGUGAUACUUCAGGAGCGGCUAUUGCAGUGUUCACAGCCCGUCUUCAUGAUCCCCGUAUUACCACUCAACAAGCAACCUUGCAAGGUGUUGUUUACCAAUUGGAUGUUGAGUUAGAAUCAACCCAGACUCAGAGAUGUGGUUUAAUUUUCAUUUAUGAUAUGAGUGAAUCCUCAUAUCAGAAUUUUGACUAUCAGUUAUCCCAGAAGAUACUCUCAUUGUUAAAGGGAGGCUACCCAGCUCGACUUAAGAAAGUCUUAAUAGUAACAGCACCAUUGUGGUUCAAGGCACCCUUUAAAGUACUGAGACUUUUUGUUAGGGAGAAGCUGAGGGACCGUGUAUAUACAGUUUCACUGCCAGAGCUUGUAAACCACAUACCUAGUGAGUGUUUACCAGUACAGCUGGGUGGGAGUCUCAACAUUGACCACAGUGCAUGGUUAUUACGUUGCUUAACUUCCAUGACAAACAGGCAUCCUUCUCAAGUUUGUGAGCCUGCUCCACCCCUCACAUACCCAGCUGGAGACACUCUUUCAAGUGUAACAGAUUUGGACCAUAGUGACAAUAUGGUACCCUGUGCAGACCAUGAUCCGAAAGGUUCCCAGGAGGAUGUAAGUUUCAUUGAGUAUCUUUCUCAAUUAAACUCAGAUAUAUUACUGCAUAAUAUUUCAUUUGACCACGAUGAAGAGGAUUUGGAAGAAGAGGGGGAAGAGCUUGUAAGUGAAGAUCAGUUGCUUACCUUGAAUAACUUAGUUGAAGAAAAGGAGGUCCAAGAAGAAAAGAAAAAGGAGGAAGAUAAAGAAACUAGUAUGCCAGCCAAAGAGAGCUCUCCAGCACCUGAGAUUAAAGACACUAGAAGUCAUAAUGGCCACACUAUUGAUGAUACUAGUGGAGGGAGAGAAUCACCAUUGGCACCUCCUAGCAGUGGAAGCAGUGGAUUUAGUGAUGAUGACAGUUUGCACUUCGAUGAUGGUCAAGGUUUUACACUCGAGGAAUUUGUACGCCACUUAAGAGAUAAGGGUCGGCAAGGGUUGUAUCAUGACUAUACACAGAUCAAAAAUAGGCCACCUGAUGGCACAUUUGAAAACUCUAAAAAACGUUGGAAUCAAAUAAAAAAUCGGUACACAGAUGUUUUAUGCUUUGACCAUUCAAGAGUGGUACUAGCACCGGAAGAUGAAGAAGGACACACUGAUUACAUUAAUGCUAAUUAUGUAGAUGGCUACAAACAGAAGAAUGCCUUUAUUUCUACUCAAGGUCCCCUUCCUGGAACAUUUGGUGAUUUCUGGAGGAUGAUUUGGGAGCAGAGGGUGUGUGUUAUUGUCAUGACAACAAGGGCAGUAGAAAGAGGUAGAACUAAAUGUGGCCAGUACUGGCCUGUUGAGCAGGGUGCACUUGUUUCUCACUCCCAUUUCACUAUUACGAAUACUCUUGUUUGCAACUAUAGAGAUUAUACAGUGUCAGUCCUCAGUAUUCGAGAUAAUAAGUCUGGUGAGGAACGAAAAGUUGAGCAUAUGCAGUUUACAUCCUGGCCUGAUUAUGGUGUCCCAGAUUCUGCAAUGGCAAUGCUAGAGUUUUUAACCCAUGUUAGAGACUCUCAGGCUCGUUUAACUUCCGAGUUAGGAGAUGCUUGGACUGGCCAUUCUUUAGGGCCUCCAAUUGUUGUUCAUUGCUCUGCUGGCAUAGGUAGAACAGGGACAUUCUGCACCCUUGACAUAUGCAUCCGUCGUCUAGAAGAAGUAGGAACUAUUGAAGUUAAAGGUACUGUUGAAAAAAUAAGGUCACAACGGGCUUACUCCAUUCAGAUGCCAGACCAAUAUGUGUUUUGUCACCUCGCCCUAUUAGAGUAUGCCAUUCACAAUGGGAAGUUAGUUGAAGUAGACCUUACAGGAUUUGAAGAGGAUGGAUCAGAAUCUGACUGAAAAUUUUAUUAUGUAAUGAACAGCAGAUUGUAUGUUUGACAAAUAGUUUUGAAAAUAUUGUCUUUAAAAAAAAAUAGUGUUUGUGGUGGGACCACAUGGUCAGAAUUGUCUGAUUGGAUUUAUUUAAAAAUGUAAAUAGUUGGACAUUGGUCAGACAUUCCAUAACUUGACCUUGUUAAGAAAAUGGAAAUUUGGGAAAAGAUCAAAGAGAGCAUUUUUGUGUAAUGAAGGGAAUACAGUACUUCUAAGAUUAAGAGACGUGAAAAGAUUGCUUAGUGCAUGAAUGAGGCAUUGCCAUCCUUGAGUGUAUAAAAGAAACUGUAUAUCUUAAGUGGACAUUAAGUUUCAUUGUUCGGAAUUUAGUAACCCACCAGUUACAAGCCGAGUAUUAUGUGAAGGGGAUGUUGCCCGUGGGAUGACUGCAAAGUUUAGGGAAAGAUAGACUUGAUUUCUUUCACCAUUGAAUUGAGAAUGCAGAGAUUCUGUGCAUAUUGUUAACUGCAGGAUUCAAGGGCCUGGAUACCUCCUAUAGCCAAAAGGUGCUGUUGAGUGCUUUUGUCUGAAUAUUACUACUACUACUACCACUACUUGCUGUGAAGUGAUGUAGCCUUUUUGAGUUUGAUGUGGAGAAUACACUUUUUUUCUUUUCUUUUCUUUUCAUAUGCCUUCUCUGUUUCCAUUGGGAUGGUGCACAUAUCAGAAGGGAAAAUGUAAUGUUGCCCUACAUGCAUGACUCAGUGUUGCUCUUUUCUCUCUUAUAUACGGUAUAUAUUAACUGAUUAUUAUUUUACUGUCUAGAAAUAGGUAUAUAAAUGGAUGGUUGAAAGGUUUAAAGAAAAGAAAAGCAAAAUGAAUUAGAAACACAUUUCAGUUAUUGCCAUAUUUUUCAAUAAGAAAUUUUUGUAUUACUGCACAUUUUUGGUACUUACAAUAACUUAAAAACUGAGAUGUAACAGUUGAAGCUCGUUACUAUUAAUGGUGAAUCAAAACAAGUGGUGUAAUUGUUUUAAUUAAUGUCAAAUUUUUACUGUUGUUAGUUUCUCUCAUUAAUUACAAGAAGUUAGGUUAACACGAAAACCUUGACUUGAAUUUUAUUAAUCAAAUUGUACUUGUUGUGUUUCUUAUUUAUUUUUUUGUUUUGCAUUUAUCUGGAAAUGUGAAGUAAUAUAUAUUAAAUGUUUAAGGUAUACAAUAAUGCUGACCAUUCCAGUAGAGGUCACACUUUAGGAUUUAUGUUGGUGCAUUCAGUGCAUGAAAGAGGGUACAAAAGAUUUUUGAUGUGCCAAUUGUUGUAGUCUUGCUUUACAGUAUUUCAUUUUGGCACUUCACAAAGAAUCUGAUAUCCCAAAAGAUACAGUCACUGAUAACGGUUUGUUUGAAUCGUGCAAUAAAGUCAGCAUUUCUGUUAUUUUUUCUCUAUUUAGGGAACUAAAAGUAAUUUAACCAUCCAUAAAAUUAAGGUCACAAGAACAGGCUUUGACAGUUCAGAGAAUUGGUUAAUCACAGAGCUGGGGUUGUUUCAUUGUUGUAUUUUUAAAAUACUGUAUACACUAUUUAGUUUUAGAACUAAGGUGUUGCAUUAAAUAACUUACUGUGUUACAAAUUUUAUUAUAUAUGAAAGUUUGUUAGUUUUGGAACUUGUUUCCCCCUCUGCAUUUGUUGAUGUAAAAAAAAAAUUUUUUUUAACCAUUUUUUUUUAAAUUGCAGUUAGUAAACACUGUAAUUGCAUUCCCUUUAUCAUUUUAGGGCUGACGGUUUUUUCCCAGAAGUGUAUGAAUUGAAAUACAGUUAUUCAUAAAACCACAUUUACAAGAGCAACCAAGUUGCAUUUUGAUGUGAUGUUUUUAGUAGCUUAUGGUUUUAGACAUGGCAUUAUACUACCUAAGUAAUUAUUUGUGGUUCUUAUUUAUUCAAUGUAAAGAUUUAAAAAUAUGAAUUUUUAAAUAUAAAAAACAAAGACUUAAAUUACUGUAAGAACUUACAUUAAAUGAAACCAUUUUUUAUAUAAAAACAUAGUAGUCUUGUUUUCUGUUUUGAAAGUAAUGAGAUGUCUGGCUGAAAUUAGUGAACAGUUGUUUCAACAAUACUUAUACCAAUUUCAGUUGUAAGUAACUUGCUGUUUACAUAUUCAAAGGUUUGGUACUUUCUAACCAGUGUUUUUGACUUACAGUUUUCAGUUGCAAUUUGCAAAAGGUUUGGAAAUACAUGUUCAGUGCAUUUUGGUUGCUGUAAACUGUGGAUGAAAUUGUAGUAUGCUGUACUACAUUAUUUGCUCAGGUAAUAUGUUAAAGGUAACCAAAACUUAAGGAACAGGUCAUAUUGCUGAAUGUAAUAUAUUAUAAGCAGUAUUAGCAAGCGUAUAGUAUACAGUAUAUAUUUUGUAAUACAGAAAAUGAAAAAUUUUAUUAUGCUGACUCUAUUACAUGAUCUAGAUCAUAAUAAUCAGUAAAGUGGUUAUUAAGUUCUUUUGUGACCAGUACAAAGUACCAUGAAGUUGCAAGUGCCAGUCUUAUGACAUGCACACACACGAGACAAUUACUACGAGGGUUUAUAACGAACCAUUUAGCUAAUCUCCUUCAAGCUCAGGGUUUAUUCCCCAUUUCAAUUUUAUUUCCCCAACCAACCCAGUAGCUUUUGUAUUGUUUUCCCUUACUUUUAUAAAUACACUCACAAAUACACCUUUAGCUAUUCAUAAUAUUUACAGGAGAAUUGAUAUUGGAAAGUGAUUGACAAAUUGUUUGGAUAAGCAACUUUGCAUUUAUUGAAAAAUUUUUCUUGAAUGUGCAAAUUGUGUUAACUGCUUCCUAAAUUUCUUAUUUUUCUAAAAGUUUGUCCUGUUAAAUUAACUUCUUUGUAAAAUGUUUUGUAUUAUUAAAGAUAAGUUCUUCCAAAGAUGUCAGUAAUGUACUGUUGUACUUAUUCAUUGCCAUGACAGUUUUAAUAAUUUCUUGUAACUCUGCAGCAAUAGAAAACAGUGAAAUGAAGAGGAUUGUGAUUUGGGUGGUUUGGUAUGUUCCUAUGCAAGUACAAACCCAGUUAUUUUUCUUGUGCAUCUAAAACUGAAAAUCUGUAUGUUAAGAAUUUAAAUUUAAACAGUUUAUUAGCAUUUUUGUGUUUCUUCACAUACAGUUCUUUAUAUUUUAUUUGCAUUUGUAAGAUGGUUUGUUAUAUGGUGGGAAUUUUCUUUAUAAAUUACAUAAUUUUUUUUUCUAGAACAUACCAUACCUAUAUUUAUUCAGAAAAUGUUAGUAUUCUAAUCAUGUUUCCUGAAUUCUGUGGUAGUGAAUUCCUUUCUGGAUUUGUGUGUAUUUAAUAGACUUCCUCUUAUAUCAUGUAAUAUUUUGUUUUUGGCUUCUUACGGUUUAUGCCCCUUUUCUUCAAUACUGCAGCCCAUCUUGAAACAGGGUGAAUCCUGAUGGAAUAUUGUGUGAAAAGUUUUUUUUCUUCUGUAUAUUAUCUAAUUUAGUGCCUUUUAUGGAAGUUUAUUUACCAUUGAGCAGCACUGAAUAUAUUACUUGGUUAUUAAGUCAUUGAUUCAUCAUGUGUAAAUGUGCAAAGGAAAGAAGUAAAAUUAAAAUCAAUGACAAUUAUAUUAACAUUUUUUAUGGAUUUUUCUUUACUGUUACCAGGAAAGCCUUCCAGGUCUUGUGUCCAUUCAGUGUGCCAAUUUUCAAAUCUUUUCCAUCAUGAGACCCAUUAACAUUAUUUUGUUUAUUGUGCUCUUAGUGGCCUACUGCAAAAAUAAGUGUUUUCAAACUAACUCUUACCUUUUUCUAAUGUUUUCAAACCAACUCUCUCCUUUUUCUAAUUGUCUUUUCCACAUACCCUGACUAGCCCUUUGAAAGUAUUCAGCUCAAGUGAUUAAGUUGGAUUAUUUUAAAAACCACCUGUCCCCAUUUGAAUGGAGUUGGUGGUAUAAUUUAGCCAGACUUUACAUGCUAACCUCGUAAGUUUAAUAGAAGGUAUGGUGGGUGUCUUUUUUUUUUUUUUUUUUUUUCCAUAUCUUGUUUAGUAAGGAGGUAUAUUUUCCUAUACUUAUUGGUUGUUAUUUAUUAGAAUUGCGUAUAUGUUGGUCACUUUAGAAAUUUCAGUAAUAUAAACAGAGGUACUUGCUGUCUUAGAAGGCGUAUGUCUUGGCUUUAUGCUGCAUUAGUCUUGGCAGCAUUUUCAUGUUGAUGGCGAUGACUUGAUAUUUUAGAUUUAAUGCAAAAGGACAGGUACAUGAAGGUGUGAGAGAGAUGAAGGCAUAAAUGUAAAUUGUGUAAAGUGAAACAGCUACAAGCAGCAAGAAGUUGUGUGUUUGCUGCUUAUGUUCAUAGUUGUAUAUAAUAAAGAUACCAUGUAAAACUUUAUUCAUUAAAAGAUUCAGUUUUGGGUCAUUUUGUCAUUUUUGGGAAUUUGUCAUACAUUUUUUUACGUAAAAUACACCUAGCAAAGGAGUUCACUUUUAUCAUUGGAUGAGGGUCUCUCUUCAUAAACCUCUUAUUAUUCAUUUCAGUGGCAAAUCUGGUAUUUAAAUUUAUGUGAGUGAAUAUACAAUAUUUGUGUUCACAAGAAGUUUGUUAAUUUUGUCUAGUAUACAGUAGCAAUGCUAUUUUGUACUAUGCUACUAAAGCACAUUGAAAUGCAAGAGGUACAAGAAGACCUUAAUUAUUUCAUAUUAAAAUUUUCUUGAGUAUUAGUAAAUGUUUUUCCAGAUCACAACCAAUUAUUGCAGCUACUUGUGAGUAUGAAAGUACAGUAGACCAAGGAACUCAUCGCACAACUCAUUGAUUGUAUGAGUGUCUGAUUAGGCACAUCACCAAAGAUGUAACUUUUUUAUAAAACUUUUGUACAUAUACUAGUCAAAUAUCUUAAUAAAAUCUUCUUUCUA